UAUAUCAGUAUAUAUCAGCUUUAUUUCAAUUAACCAAAAUGUUUUUAAUAGUUUUAAUCAAUGAUAACAAGACUAAACAUUUUGACGUAUUUUGCACUUAUUUGGUAGAGAAUAAAAGCAGAUAUUAUACACCGAAGAAAACAGCAUGCGCCGUCAUGCUCACGAGCAGCACACAUGCUCUCCAGCAUGAAAAUGUAAAGCCUCAUCAUUCACACUGAGAGGCUAGCGGACUUGUAAUAAUCAUAUGAGCCAAACCCCUUUAUGUGGUCCUGCAGUAAUCUCAUUAGUAAUGCUGUUACAUAACGUAUGAUCCUACGCUGCACAGUCAGAGAUCAGCCUCAUUAAGAUCACUGACAAUCACGUCCCUAAAGUCUUCUGACCUUCUGUAUGAUUGUAUGUGUCUCAGCAGAUUAAACAUGACAUAUCUCCCACGAGAGCUUUAAAAGAAUCAGCGGUGCACAUGUUUGCUGGUUAUUUGGCUGCGGUUCUUGGCUUUUGUUCAUCACAGGCAUCGUCUAGGACAGCGGGGAGGAUUAAGGUAACUCUAAAUAAAGCUGGCAGAUUAGGAAACAUGAUACCAGCAUGUUCUCUCUCACUUUGAAAGAGUCAUGGACAGAGAGAGCUGAAGACUUCCCUGGAGACAGGAAGACUAUCCAGGAGAAACCACAUCAAUGAUCUUUAUUCAUGCAGUUACAGAAGAGGACAGUUAAAAUGAAUGCCUGCGUUAUGGGCAUACAUUACCUUAACAAAAACAUAAUGUAACUGAUUUUUAUUUUUAUUUUUAGAUCUGUUAAAGAAGCUUAAUAUUAUUAUUUGACUUUAGAAACUCAAUAUGAACAUGUGGACAUAUUCUUUGACUUCUAAUCCUAUAACAAAGAAAUGCGGCCAUGCAUUGGUCUUCUACAAGAGCACAGCGCAUUAAGCAGCUGCAAAAUGCCUGCAAGGGCAAGUCAGGUGUCGCCGCAGGUGCAUCGGCACAACAUUUACACUCUGACGGACAGCUCAGAAUGUGGGUCAGAGCCGGAAGAGGAUGCAGACCCUUCCAAGCAUCUAACACCCCUGGAAAAGUUAACUCUGGAAAUGUGCAAUGACGAAGAAAUAAUAAAGGAACUGACAGUGGGUAGAAGGGUGGGCUUCUACAAGGUCCGCGGUCAGAUCGGCUGUGGAAACUUUUCGAAGGUCAAACUGGCCAUCCAUGCCCUCACCAAAGACAAGGUUGCCAUUAAGAUCAUGGAUAAGAUGAGGCUCGACCUGCAGACCCAGAGGAUGCUGUCUAAAGAAAUCUCCAGCAUGGAGAGCUUAUAUCACCCAAACCUACUGCAGCUCUAUGAGGUACUGGAGACGCCAAGUCGGUUGUACCUGGUUUUGGAGCUCGCCGGAGGAGGAGAUCUCCACACCAGAAUCAGCUCCGGUGGAAAACUCUGUGACCAAGAAAGCAAGAUUGUAUUCGCCCAAAUCCUGUCAGCAGUUAAAUACAUGCAUGAGAAAAAUAUCAUCCAUCGUGAUCUGAAGGCGGAAAAUGUUCUUUAUACAACCAACUCCUGCAUAAAAGUGGCAGAUUUUGGCUUCAGCACGAGGGUCAACAAUCUCAACCAAGUCCUAGACACCUUUUGCGGUUCUCCUCCUUAUUCAGCUCCAGAACUUUUCAAAGAUGAGUCUUACAUCGGGCCACCUGUGGAUGUGUGGGCAAUGGGCGUCCUACUUUAUUUCAUGGUGACUGGCACAUUGCCUUUCCGCGCUGACACUGUGGCCAAGUUGCGCCAAAGCGUGCUGGAGGGUACCUACAUCCUGCCAACCUGGGUAUCAGCUCCAUGUCAGCGGCUGAUCAGGGGGAUCUUGAAGGCAGAACCUUUAGAGCGAUGCGCACUAGACCAGAUGCUGGGCUGCGAGUGGCUGCUUCCAGUGGAACUCUUCCGGCCUAUACCUCCCUUAUACCAGCUCAACCCCAUCCAUCUAAUAGAGGCCGGCCCAGGGGAGUUAGACAGAGACCAGGAAGAGGUAAAAUGUAUCAUGGAGAAACUGGGAGUCACUCAGGAACAUAUUCUCAAUAACCAAGGAAAGCGUAUUCGCAGUCCCAUUACAGGGGUUUACCGCAUACUACUGCACAGAGUUAAAAAAAACAAUGGAGCUGAGUCUGUGCCUAUCAUCAGUGGAGUCGUCAAAGAUCCUAAAAGAGACAGUCUCCGUGCUUACAGGAACCUACGACACACCUCAAAACUGUGUGUGCUUUCUUAAAGGCAUUGUUCAUCCCUUUUAUUCACUCUUUUUCUCAGUAGUACAAUGAAAGUCAAUGGGGUCCAAAACAAUACUUGACCACAAUGGCUUUCAUUACAUAUGUUCAAAACAUCAGUGCAACAUUUUUUAAAUAUCUUCUUUUCAUGUUUCACAGAAUAAAGAAGGUACAGAGUUGGGAUAACAUGAGGGUGAAUACAUUAGCAAAGUUCUAAUUUUGGGGCACACAAACCAUUUACCAACCUGCAUAUUACUGUGGGCAUGGGCGUAGGUUUGGUCUCUGCUUUGGUGGGGACAAACACACACACACACACAGCGCGCGGCCCUGCGCAUCACCCGCUCGCUGCUAGUGCAAGCACAAAAGUAGUCCCGGCCCGCGCGUGUAGCCUGUCAGAUACCCCGCCGCCAAUCAAAUUACGCCGUUUCUUGUACUGUCGUCAUCCUGGCCGUUAGAAUCGAUCCAAAUAGCAGUGCAAAGAUCCAAAUAGCAGUUCAAAGGAGCUUGCUAAAUACUGGUGGGGACAAAUUUGUCAUCUCAAAAUAUUGAUGGGGACUAGUACCUAGCGUCCCCCCUAAACCUACGCCCAUGACUGUGGGAGUUACUGUAGCAUUACUGAUUAUCACUUGUAGCACAAAUAAUGGUAGCACUUUAUUUUACAGUCCUGUUCCCCAUGUACAUACUCUGUAAUUAUUAUAGUAAUUACAAUAACUAUGUAAUAACUAGUUACUAACCCUGAACCUACCCCUAAACCUAGCCCUACCCCAUGUAUUUACCUUGUAUUACCAGAACUUUCUUAGAAAAAUACACUGUAAGUACACUAUAAGUACAAGCACACGUAUACUGUAAAAUAAAGUGCAACCCAAAUAAUUAAAUAAAUCAACGAGAAACUACAUACUAAUUCAGUAUACUUUUAAAAUAGAUUCCUUUUACACAAGAAAUUGUACUUAAUUUUCAGUGGCUUAACUUAUGUAAAAUGUAUGUUUCAGUCAGGAAGCUUUUUUAUUUUUAUUUUUUUGCAAAUAAAAACGUAUAACAUUUGUCUGAUUUUAA